GGAAGCGACUGAUCCUCCAAGGACAGCACAGGACUUCCUUCUGCAGCACCAUGGAGUUGCUGUCACGACUCUCAGCGGUGGCCUGCAUUCUCUCGCUCCAGAUGUGCGCUGCUGAACUGGGCGCUGAGCAAAACUCUGGCACCAACGGUACGUCCCUGCAGGAUUCCAUUGUACGCGACUGCAGUGAUCUGCCCUUCGGCUCCCCCAGCGGAGUGUACCUGAUCCACCCUGACUUCCAAACUCCGACCCCGGCCUACUGUGACAUGGACGAUGGCGAGGGAUGGACCGUCUUCCAAAGAAGAGCCGAUAUUUCACCGAGACAGGAUUUCUACAAGGACUGGGCGACGUACAAGUGGGGUCUGGGAAGUUUAACAGGAGAGUUCUGGUGGGGACUUCACCACCUCUGGCAGCUGACCUCCCAACUAGACCGCGUUUACGAGUUACGGGUCGACCUCUGGGAUUUUGCAGAGCAGACGGCGUACGCCACCUACCAGAAGUUCACCAUCGCGUCCGAGGCCGACGGCUACCGACUGCACUUUGUUGAUUCCUCGUACGCCGGGGACGCUGGAGACAGUCUAAGCUACCACAACGGAAUGAAGUUCUCCACAUUUGACAGAGACAACAACGCUCACUCGGGUAACUGUUCAUCUUUAGACCAUGGAGCAUGGUGGUAUAAUGCCUGUCAGAGAUGCAACCUCAACGGAGUGUACAUUCCGGGGUCAACUGAACCGAGUAGGUCCGUCCGGUGGAUGGACUGGAGGGGCGACUACAGUCUGAACGCCACCACAAUGAAGAUCAGACCCACAAAUACGCUCUAAGUGCAUGAACGUUGCAAGUAGCAAAUCCAAACUUUCGUUGGGCUGCACUCUACUAAUUUGUUUUCGUUUCGGCAAAACUCGUAUUUAGCUUUGUGCAGCUGUUUUUGUUCAACGGCUAAAAGGUACUUAUGCAUUUUUGUUCUGUGUGCUUACUCAGGAAAACAAAACAAAAAUCGAAUGUACCAUCGAAAUCAGUUUCAGCAAUAAACUGAACAUGCUC